CUCGGAUGCUCGGCGCCCCGGCGGCUAGAGCGUCCUCACUCAGCUCGGAUGCCCGGCGGCCCCGGCGGCUAGAGCGUCCUUCUCCUGGGGAGCCGCGUGUGACCUUCCCGCCCGCGGACCGAUGCUGCUGGCGGCCGCUCGCCCCCUCUGGGGGCCGUGUCUCGGGCUUCAGGGCGCUGCGCUCCGUCUCGCCAGGCAACAGGUGCCCCGUGUCUGCGCUGUGAGGCUGAUGAGAUGCGGCGGCCAUCGAAUGGGGGAGGCCCUCGCCGGUGCACCCCUGGAUAACGCGCCCAAGGAGUAUCCCCCCAAGAUCCAGCAGCUUGUCCAGGACAUCGCCAGCCUCACACUCCUGGAAAUCUCAGACCUCAACGAGCUCCUGAAGAAAACACUGAAGAUCCAGGAUGUUGGACUCAUGCCGAUGGGCGGCACGAUGCCCGGAGCUGCCCCUGCUGCAGCAGCACCCCCCGAGGUAGCAGAAGAAGACAUCCCCACACAAAAAGAACGGACACAUUUCACUGUCCGCCUAACAGAGGCAAAGCCCGUGGACAAAGUGAAGCUGAUCAAGGAAAUCAAGAACUACAUCCAGGGCAUAAACCUCGUCCAGGCAAAGAAGCUGGUGGAGUCCCUGCCCCAGGAAAUCAAGGCCAAUGUCGCCAAGGCCGAGGCAGAGAAGAUCAAGGCAGCCCUGGAGGCGGUGGGCGGCACCGUGGUUCUGGAGUAGGGCCAGCUCUGAGGACUGGUGGACAAGGGUCCCUGGGACCGGGGCGAGGCCCCCCUGUCUGGGACCUGCUGGUGGGAGCAGCCUCGGAACAGAACUGCGGCACUGGCACCCCUGGGCCAAUUCCGUUCUGGGACGGGCGGAUGGACCGGCUGAGCCUGGGGGCGUGGCUCCUGCGUGAGCACCAGGGAGACGGACUCUAGAACUUACCGCGGUCAACAUGCACCCCCUGGUGGCAACUGAGAAAAAUACAUUGUUUGGGUACUGUG